AUGGAGUUAACGUGCUAUGAAGAUGAAAUUCAUAAAUCUGCCUCACAAAACCCAUCAGAUCAUGUCAGCCCUAAAUAUAUAAGGGCCUUCUGCGACCCAGCACUGAUCCACGAUUGCCGAACCUUGCAAAAUCUUUUGAAUUUGGAGAAGAAUAACCUAGCUUCACGGUCUUACUUUGGCACCGUGCAAACAGAUAUUCAGCCAUACAUGCGAAGAAUUUUAGCUGUUUGGAUGCUACAGGUCUGCGAGGAGCAGAGGUGCGAACAGGAGGUGUUUCCCUUAGCCAUCCACUAUCUGGAUCGUUAUAUGUCUCGCUAUCCUAUUGACAGAGGCAGUCUACAACUUCUUGGCACUGUUUGUAUGUUUUUGGCCUCCAAACUGAGAGAGACAGUUCCGUUGAGUGCUUCUAAGCUAUGCAUUUACACUGACCACGCUUUCUCCCUUUCUCAGCUUCUGCAGUGGGAGAUGUUUGUAGUAUCUAGACUGGACUGGGAUCUGGCCCCUGUCUUGCCUUCUGACUUCUUAGAACCGAUUCUUCAGAACUUACCAAUCAUCCCACAGAACCUUGGUGUCCUGCGAAGACACACCCACUCCUUUAUUGCGCUUGCGGCGACAGAGUAUAGGCUCUCUUUGUUCCUUCCCUCCUCCAUUGCCUGUUCUUGCGUUGCAGCUGCCAUUAAAAGACUCAGGCUCUUGGAAGAGGCUCUGUCUGCUGAUUCCUUUUUCCAGCCAAUGGCUAACCUCUUAGCUACUGACUUGAAGUCCCUCUGUAGCUGUUUCAGACAGCUUGAACUGGUCCUGGAGCUUAAUCUGCCUUCCUCCCAGACCACGACUGAGGAAGCUUGUCAGUCUGGAAAGCCUGAACCUGAGAUGAGUAACACCCCUACUGAAAUUCAAGAUGUAAGGCUCUCUCCUCUGGAGAAAAUAAGCCCGGGGAUCUCAGAGGUCCAGACAGAAGAGUGGAAAAUGAGCCUGGAAAAUGUCCCACCUGCUCUUCUGAACGUCUUAGAUAGAGAUGCACGUGCUGAUGCUUGA